UGCAAACUGUCCCACACCGUCAAAGCAACAAGCUUGACCGGACAAAACGCCCACAGCUGCAGCGUCGUAUAGUCUGAUUUAAGGGAAAUAGCAGCAGGACCAGGUUUAUUUUAUUCGCGCAAAACGCUGGCUAGGAAAGCAAAUCUGCACAUUGAAAUCUGAACUGGAGGAAAGAAAAUGUCGGCGGUUUAUAAAGAUGACCAGGAAGACUGGAUGACCGUGUGUCUCAAGUACUUGCUCUUUGUUUUCAACUUUCUCUUCUGGGUGGGUGGAGCUGCUGUGUUGGGUGUAGGAGUCUGGACGCUGGUGGAGAAGAGUGACUACUUGAGUCUGCUGGCCUCCAGCACGUUUGCUGUCUCAGCAUAUAUCCUCAUCUUGGCUGGCAGCCUGGUGGUUGUUACGGGCUUUGUGGGCUGUUGCGCUGUCAUUCGGGAACACAGAAGCUGUCUGUCCACGUAUUUCUUUUUCCUGCUGAUCAUCUUCUUGAUUGAACUUGUGGCUGGAGUGCUGGCAUACGUAUACUACCAGAGGCUGAGUGAGGAGCUGAAGCAGCAUCUCAACCACACAAUGACGAAGAACUACGCUCAGCCAGGGAAGGAGUCUAUCACAUUAGCCGUGGACAGACUACAGCAGGAUUUCAAGUGCUGUGGCAGCAACAACUCUCACGAUUGGAUGCAGAGCGUGUACAUUUCAUAUAAGCAGGCAGACGGCAGGGUGGUGCCUGAUAGCUGCUGUAAGACCAUCACACCCCAAUGUGGCAAGAGAGACCACCCUUCCAACAUCUACAAGGUGGAGGGUGGUUGCAUCACAAAACUGGAGCAGUUCCUGGCAGACCACCUCCUGAUCAUCGGUGCUGUGGGAAUAGGAGUGGCCUGCCUGCAGCUGGCCGGGGCACUCUUGACAGCCUGCUUUAUCUAUCUGCUCUAUAAAGAAGAGGAAGAGGCCUUUGGUGCAUUGUAAUUUGGAUCUAGAGCACCUUGAUGGUUUAAUCUAAUGCAGAGACAAGAUCUGCGGGAUGGUGUUCACCUGCUGCUUGUACAAAAGGAUCAAGAUGGACCCUUACUGAGCACACCAGACUUUCAACACAACACCUUCAACAGGCAGAUGGAACAUGGUCUCCUGACAACUAAUCUUAACCGCUGAAUCUUGAAUUUUGACACUCUAACUUAAACUUUGUGCACAUGCGUGUUCCAGAUCACCUCCAUUUCAAUCGGAAACAAAUUGUUCUAGUAAACCAAGAUGCAGGCCAGUGAGUUUCUGUUAUUUGACUGUGAUCCAGGCUCAGUGGAACAUUGUGUCUGGUUAGAUCAUUGCUGAGGCUUAGGCUUUGUCCAUAUGUACACUGGCAUUUAAAAAUUGUGUGUGUUUGUUGUUUCAAAUGCAGCAAGCGGAGCCCUUAGAGUACUUCCUGGAUGAAGAUAUUCAGAAUCUCUAUUUCUGGCUUGGGAUGUCCUAGUGUGUGCCAUUACCUCCUUUGUUUAAAAGAGCUUAUUGAUUACUUCUAAAUUGAAUCAGUCCUGCUGUCUGGACCAACUUGCCCAAUGCCUAAGCAUCACACUCCUAGCCAAAGCUAACUACCAGUCAAAUGCAGAUAAAUGUACAUUCACUAUCUUACUUUGUUUAGGAUACUGAGGAACAAAGGCAUCUGAAUUAUUCCAUACAUAUCUAUAUGAUGAAUAGUCUGCACUUAAUUAGCACCUUUUCAACAUUAGCUGGGUUCUACUAAGUGCUUCACAAUAGCUUAAAUUCAGGGGCUACAUCCCUUACAGGCCUUAAUAGAAUGCAAAAGUUUAACAAAACAUUGGUCAAUUUGACAGCCAGGCCUGUGGAGGAUUUGCCAUUUAUGUCCCCAGCUCCAACUACUGUCACCUCGCAACAUCCACAGCCCAAAUUCACAACUGGGACAAAAGCUGAAACUUGAGCUGUUUUAUCCACCGUAUAGUCAAAAAUGCAACCUGAAUAAAACUUGGAAUAGGUUGGGCACAAAGGAUUCGCCCAUUGGAAUUCUUGGCCACCCAGUAAAAGAAGGAGGCAUUUACUUCCAUUUGAAUGGGUCUUUGAAAUGGGACACCUUUUGUCGCACCACUGUGAUGCAUUCAGUGUUGGAAUACAGCCUUAGAGGGAUGCAGACCUGAAUCGUGACAUUGAUGUGUUCUACAUUCACUAUGACCAUACACACUAAUGACAGCUCUACCGCCAUCGGGAGCAACUUGGGGUAUAUGUCAGGGAAUGGGGGGGCCGGGGAUAGGGACAUUAAGUUAUGCCGUUGAUGGACAACGCACUGUACCACCUGAGCCACACCCUUCUCCUUCCAUUCACCAUUGUUGGUAACUUUUUCAAGGCUUCUCUUUGUCCAACAUGGCUUUGUGGUCAGGGUUAUGCUGCUGUCUCUUGGCUUGACAUACUCUUGGCAAUGCUUUACAUGUCUUCAUGUGGGCAGAGCUUUUCAUGAAACAAUGCUUGUGUAGACAGGAGGAGACCACCUGUGUAUGUAUAGACGAGACCUUAGAUGCAUGCUUUCACCUGAGAAGGACUAAACAAGUCGAAGUAGCUGGCUGAUACGGCAUUCUAUGCAACUAAUGCAGAUUGAUUUAAUGUCUUUUCAAUGUGCAGGUUUAUUACAAUAGGGUUUUGCUCAUUCCAAUACUUGAAUAAGCUGAAUAAGGGCACUCUGCACACUUGUCACUGUCAUUGAAGAAAGGAGAUUUUUGCUUGUACCUUUUGUAAACACAAUGUGCCUCUUUCAUAAUUCUGCUGGUAUGUAAUUAUGUAUCAUUCUGUGCCUGAAAUCUUAAAUGGAAGCAGACAGUACACUGGAAUACACUGUAACAAAUCAUAUCGGCUAUCUCUUUUGUAGUUAUGACUUCAUUCCUGAAAAUAGCACUCCAUGUUGGACUGUGUAAUAGUAAUCAAAAGUAACUUGGACGUAAGUUACAAAAUACUCACAUGUAUGACUACAAAUCAGUGAAGCUCAUCUUCUGUAAUGGCUACCAAAUAUCUGAAUUCAUAACUCCACCUAGUGGUUGGUUUGGUAAUUUACUGUAUUUCUGAGCUCUUCAUGGGUGAUACAAAGAAACUCAGAUUUGAGCUGAUCAUUUAAAUAUGACCACAGUUCAUAUGGCAUUAAUUUUAAUCUUGUUUUUAUAUUUGACUAAUCACCAAGAGGUUUUAUUCUCUGCAGUGAAGAAGAUGGGGAUUCUGUGAGCCAAAGAAAGCAAGGGCCAUCUUGUUGUCGAUGCAUAAUCUAUUGCUUGACAUCCCUUUAUGUUUUGGUGUGGUGUAGCCACUAUACUAUGGAUGCAUGUAUCUUAUCAGUCUUAUCAAGUGAGAGUAAUAUGUUUAGAUAUGUGUUUUGUUUUGUUUUUGUUACAAGGAUCCAUCCAUUUUUUCAUAAAUCCCUCACAAGAAUACAAAACCAUUGCCAAAACUGCAUUCUCUGUCAAGGAACUUCUCAGAAAUAAUCUUUUAUGCAUAUUUUUUCCAGAUUAAUGUCCCAGUGACGGGUGCUAACGUAUGUAGCUUGUUGUUGAUGAGAUAACGAUAUAACAUUGGCAUGUGCUCCAACUACUGACUGCUGUAUUCAAAAUAUUGAUCUGAGAUUCAUAAAUAAAUGUUUAAAUAUU